AUGCCUCCGCUCAUGCCUCGAUUGAAGGCUUUUGAAGCGCCGCAGCAGGUGCUCACGAGGAGAGGAACCCCAAGGCGUACUGGACGGGCGGCCUGUCGUUCCCUUCAACCGUGGGCUCUUUCUGUCCCUCCCUCCUCUCUCUGUGUCCUCCCCCUCCUCUCCCCACUCUUGCUUGCAGGGACGACGCUGGUGGCGGUGAGGGAUGGCAUGUCGUUCCUGGUACCCACUAGGAGGACGACGCUAGUGGCGCUGCGGGACGGCAUGUCGUUUCUGGUACCCACUAGGAGUCCCAAGGUCUACUGGACGGCCCCGGACAGCUGCGACAGCCUGUUUGGCAUCAUGUGCGACGGGGACGGCAACGUCGGAGCCAUGUGCGAGGGUGAGUACGAGCGAGUGACGAGUGGUAGUUGCCUGAGUGCUGGUGGGAGCUGUAACAGCCUGUUUGGCGUCAUGUGCGACAGGGACGGCAACGUCGUUUCUCUGAGCCAAUGGGCCGCUGCCAGCUGUCAUCGGGAAUUUUCCCUACCUCUAUUCGCUGUAACAACCCUUCUCGUCCCUACCUCCUUUCCCCACCUUGCUUACCCAAACCCCCGCUCUGCUUUCCUCUGCUCUCUCCCCCUUCCCUUCCCUCCUGACCUCCCUCAACCUUCCCCACCCCCACUUCUUCCUCCCCCUUAG